CCCCUCCUGGACCUUUGGACACCUGCGCCUGUCAAUCACAAACGUCCCUCUACGAAAAGCAACUGCCAUCCAGAAACAUCCUGGUGGCCAGACCAGCUGAGAGAAGGAGCUGAAAAAAGAAUGCUAGUAUGUCUGCCCCCCCCCCCCCCCCCCAUCCUCGCAUGUGCUUUAAAUACCUUCCAUGCUGGGGUUAAUUUUAGUAUGUUCAUGAGGCCGGGCCAGGAGGUAUACCAGUCAGAGUCAAACUGAGAGGCUCUCCUCUUGGUGGGAAAACAGUCAGUCUUAGGUUUUUAUAUAUAUUCAUAUAUAUAUUCAUAUAUAUAUAUAACAAUCUACACAGGGAAAUCACACAGAGCAAACAUGUCGGCCGAUAAAGACUUAGAGGAGCUCAACGAAGAGGACAUCGACGAGGAUGAGCUCCUGGCCAUGCUGUCGCCUGAGGAGCUGAGGGAGCUCCAGAGUGAGAUGGACAUUAUCAUCGCCCCCGACGACCGGGUGCCCGUAGGUCAGAGACAGAAGGACCAAACGGAGAAACCGCCCACUGGGUCAUUUGACCACAGGUCUCUGGUGGAUUACCUCUAUUGGGAGAAAGAGUCCAAACGAAUGCUCGAUGAGGAGCGAGUGCCUGCUACUCUGCUGCCCAGUGAGAAAACCUUGAGAGAAGCGGCCGUAAAGAAGGAGGAAGAGAAGGCGGACGAGGAUGUGGAAUAUGUGUACGAAGAGGUGAUCAUUGAGGAGGAAGCUGUCAUUGAGGAGGCUGUCAACGGCGUUGAAGAAGAGACAGUCACAGAAGAGAUCAUCGAGGAGAUUGUGGAGAAAGUGAAAGGAGAAGAGCAGGUUCCCUCUGGGAGUGAUACCCAAGAGUCGCAAUUGCCUGUGAGCACCGAUAAGCAAAACGAUCUGGAUGCUUCAAAGCACAAUGAAGACAGCCAGCCAAGUAAGCCAAGUACCAUUGAAACUCCUCCAUUAAAGGAGGCUGAGGAGAAGGAGAGUGAAAGCAUCGUUGAGCAAAAGCAAAGCACUACAGUUAUCCAAGAGGUCGGGGACUCAACCUCCGUCAAAGAACCAGAAACACAACCACUUCCAGAUGAGCCAAUAGUGGACGAACCAUGGAUAAAACCGCCAGAAAAGGAACCGAAGAAAAUAAACAAACUGAAACUCCCAAAUCUUGCACUGGGGGGCAUUAAGCUGACGUCGAGGCCCUCGGGUAACGAGACCAACCUGGAGUCCACCUUGGAUAAGAUGCGCAACAACAACCCCUCCGUCACUGAGGUGAACCUCAACAACAUAGAAAACAUUCCCAAAGUCAUGCUCCUGGAAUACGUCAACGCCUUGAAGAAGAACCGCUUCGUGAAGACUUUCAGCAUCGCCAACACCGGCGUGGACGAGAACAUCGCCUUCAACCUGGCCAACAUGCUCCGCGAGAACCGUAGCAUCGUCACACUGAACAUCGAGUCCAACUUUGUGACGGGGAAGGGCAUCGUGGCCAUCAUCCGCUGCCUGCAGUUCAACGAGACCCUCACAGAGCUGCGCUUCCACAACCAACGGCACAUGCUGGGUCACCACGCCGAGAUGGAGAUCUCCCGCCUGCUGAAGGCCAACAACACCCUCCUGAAGAUGGGCUACCACUUUGAGCAGCCGGGGCCGAGGAUGGUGGUGACCAACCUUCUCACCAGGAACCUGGACCGCCAGAGACAGCUGAGGAAGGAGGAUCAGAAGCAGCUGCAGGUUAAAGAACAAAGGGAGGCAUUGCAAAUGUAUGAAAACAGCCUGAACCUGCCUCCUGGUCUGUUGGAGAUGCUGGGCUACAUACCCUCCUUGGAGAUCUUACGGAGCCACGGUCUUAUCCCCCCAUCUGUAGGACAGAGCAGUGGGCCCUCAGCUAACGGCCAGACAGACGCUCAACCCACACAACCACCACGAAACCAGCCCAGACAGAACCACAACACCGACAGCAUUCCAAAGACCCCCAGUGCCAGCGAACCAGCGAACCCCAUAAAGGACGUCCACUUGAGGAGGAUUCCUAAGAAACGCGACCCCUUUCUGGACCUGGACCCGAGGGAAGAGAUGAGAGCAGACAGAGCCAGCUUUCAUCUGAGGAAGACCACCAGGGCGAGGGCCACAGAGAGCGAGAUGAUGGCGGACGAGAGGGCUAAUCUGAAGGACGUCAUUAAGACCUUGAAACCCGUUCCCCGGAGACGAGAGCCAGCGAUGAUUCAGAUGACGCCACGGGAUCUCCUCCUGAGUGAAAUCAAACAUAGCAACGUGGCCUAUCUCAAAGCUGUUCCUCUUCCGAAGGAGCUGGAGUCGGGCGAGACCAGUCUCUUAGACUUGUAGAUAUAUAAUCUAUGAAAAAAAGAGAAGCUAACCAUGUCUGAACUUUAGGGCCGCGCUGACGAUAGGUUGUGAAAUAGCUGUUGAGAUGACUUGCACAUAACAGAGUAACUUGUUAGAGGAGUGUUGUCUUGUUUCUGUUUAUUGAUUUGUUUUUGAGUUAUUGUUUGACAUUUAAUGUACUGCUUUUUUGAAGAAUAAAAAAACGAAUUCAAAACUAUAAUUGACAGAAUUGUACCUACUAUACAAAAUAUUAUUAGAAAUGUUAUAGAUUCAACAUAAACGUAGAAUAACUAAGCUAUAGUAUCUAGGCUAGGAAAACCUUUAAAUCCUGAUUUGAUACAACACAUUACUAAAUUGUACAGACUCUUUAUUUUCACGUCACUUUAUUACCAACAGAGGACAGCAUUGUGUCCAGCUUUGUCACUAGAUUAGCAUUGUUAAAAAAAUGAAACACAGACAAGAAAGAAAAAUAAAUGUUUGGCUUCCAUAUACAUCAUGUUUACACCUUUAACACAUGGUCAUGAAGUAAGCAUGCACACUUUGUAACGGAUGAAUAUAUGUUAGAAGCAAUAGAAAAAGGCCUGGUAUUAAGCAGUAGCAAUAAAAAUUGGCAUUUCUAUUCUAUUCUAUGUGAAAAUAAUGCAUCAAUAAUAGAAGGGGAUAAACAGACACUACACACAAUGGCCUAAUGACCAUAUAGCCAGCUGCUGGGGCCAUUCACUUCUGAUUUGCAUAGCUUUGAUUAGAGGGCUUUGACUUGGACCAACCUGCAUCGUCAGCACUAAAUAGUAUGUGCACAGGAGUGCUUUGUAUCAAGAAAAUGUGUCAUGUUCCAUAAAACAAAACUUAACAAAGUAGCAGAAUAGGCAGGGCCACCACUGAUAUGGAUCCUGAACUGCCAGGAAAGGAAUUAUUGCUUAUUAUUAUCGUUUUGUAGUAUUUGAUAAAUCAUUGGGAUCGGGCCACCCAACAUUCAGUCAAAUAUGGUUUUUCUGCAUGAAAGGGAAAAGUGUCAAGCACAUUUUUAUGCUGCUUUGCACAGUUUACAUAUAUCCAUUACCCUCAACAUGCAAAAUAUAUAGCAUCAGUCCUGCAGCUUUACAUUACUCAAAUAAAUAAUGUUUAAAUAGCCUGUGGAAUAUUGCACAAUCGCCGCAAAUAGGAGCAAAUAUGUUCAACAAAAUUUGGUUUUGAAAAUCUUUUUGGUCACAAAUAACACAGGGAUCCUCCCUUUCUCUAACGACCCUUCAUAUGGUCUCUGAACGUCCAAAUGGCAUGCAGUGCUCAAAUAUUUGUACACCACACCUGUGUAUUUGCAUAUAUAUAGGAACUUAGACAAAAUGACUAACUCAAUGAAAGCAGGAAGCAAAAAGCAAAUGGAAUACAAUUCUAGAGGACUCUUUUUUAAACCAAUCAGCACGUGGCAUCUCACUCAAUCAACAAUCCAUCCUGAGCUCCAGUCGUCUUCCGUUAAUCCUUCAGCUUUCCCUCGAUGAAAUCCUGGAUUUUGUUCAUCUUCUCUU